AUGCUGGCCCUAACGCUCGCUUUGCUCGCUUCACCGGCGGCUCUCGCCGCUACACUCAAUGCCCGGGCCUCACCGCAGGCUUACGCCUCAAACAAAGAUGGCACCUACAAGCUCACGCCGGUAGCCGCGCCUGUUCGUGGCGCCGGCAACCCUGGCAGCGAGUCCACCUGGAAGCUCUCUAUCAACGACCAGUCUUCGGGUUACAAACAGACCAUCAAAGGCUUCGGUGCCUCAGUUACUGAUGCCACUGUCACCGUUUUCAACAAGCUCCCAGCGGACAAGCUGACGACCCUGCUUAACCAGCUCAUGACGGAUGCCGGUGCCAACUUCAAGCUCAUGCGCCACACCAUCGCUUCGUCAGAUCUGUCUGCGGACCCGUCCUACUCGUAUGAUGACAACGGCGGCAAGGUCGACACGUCGCUGUCAUCCUUCAAUCUCGGCGACCGGGGCACCGCCAUGGCCAAACUGCUUGCCAGGAUGAAGUCCCUGCAGCCGGAUCUGACGGUGCUCGGAUCCGUGUGGAGUCCCCCGGGAUGGAUGAAGCUGAACGGCGUCAUCCAGGGCACCACGGUGAACAACAACCUGAACCAUGCCUAUGUUAACCAGUACGCUCAGUACUUUGUCAAGUACCUCCAGGCUUACAAGUCGCUCGGCAUCACCGUUGAUGCCAUCACCAUCCAAAACGAGCCCCUGAACAGCCAGGCCGGUAUGCCUACCAUGUACAUUUACCCGGACGAGUCCGGCAGGCUGAUCCAGGAUAACGUUGGUCCGGCGCUCCGCAAUGCCGGCUUCAACACGGCCAUCUGGGCGUACGAUCACAACACUGACGUACCCAGCUACCCCCAAACUGUGCUGAACACGGCCUCUCAGUACGUCAACGCGGUCGCCUGGCACUGCUACGCCCCCAACAACGACUGGCGCGUGCUGACCGACUUCCACAACUCAAACCCCUCGGUCGACCAGUACAUGACCGAGUGCUGGACGUCGACCCAGACGGGCUGGAGCCAGGCAGCCGACUUCACAAUGGGCCCGCUCCAGAACUGGGCCAAGGGCGCGUUGGCCUGGACCCUGGGCACCGACAAUGCCCAGGGGCCGCACCUCUCGGGCAGCGGGCCCUGCACCACGUGCCGCGGGCUCGUGACGGUCGACGUCAAGGCGGGCACGUACGAGUUCCAGGUCGAUUACUACAUGAUGGCGCAGUUCAGCAAAUUCAUCCCCAAGGGGGCUAUCGUGCUCGACGGUAGCGGAAGCUACACCUACUCGGGCUCCGGGGGGAUCCAGUCCGUGGCGACGCUCAAUCCGGAUAAGACCAGGACGGUGGUGAUUGAGAAUACGUUUGGGAACAAUGUCUAUGUGACUCUCACCACUGCGACAGGUGAGACUUGGAGUGGGAAUGUCUUUGCGAAUAGUGUUGUAACCUGGCUGCUUCCUGCUUCGUCUUAG